UCCCUGUCGCCGCGGAGGGGCGGGGGCAGGACGCGCAACUCCGGCCGGAGCUGUCCGGGGUCGUGAGCCGGCCCCGCCUUGGUGGGGGCGCCCCCUCGCGGUCCAGAGGCAGACGCAUCGGGUGGGCUCGGGUCUCCAGCCCGGCCGGGAGGAGGGACCGGGUCUGCGGAACGGGGACUCGGGGCCUCGGCGGGGCGCGCACACGCAGGCGGGGCGGCCCGGGGUGCGGGGCCUCUGCGCGGCUGACCAGGCUCCCAGAGCGUCAGCGCCGCCCAUGGCCGAGCCGCUCCAGCCAGACCCCGGGGCGGCCGAGGACGCGGCGGUCCAAGCUGUGGAGACGCCGGGCUGGAAGGCCCCAGAGGACGCCGGCCCCCAGCCCGGAAGUUAUGAGAUCCGACACUAUGGACCAGCCAAGUGGGUCAGCACGUCCGUGGAGUCUAUGGACUGGGAUUCAGCCAUCCAGACGGGCUUUACGAAACUGAACAGCUACAUUCAAGGCAAAAACGAGAAAGAGAUGAAAAUAAAGAUGACAGCUCCAGUGACAAGCUACGUGGAGCCUGGUUCAGGUCCUUUUAGUGAGUCUACCAUUACCAUUUCCCUGUAUAUUCCCUCUGAACAGCAAUUUGAUCCACCCAGGCCUUUAGAGUCAGAUGUCUUCAUUGAAGAUAGAGCCGAAAUGACUGUGUUUGUACGGUCUUUCGAUGGAUUUUCUAGUGCCCAAAAGAAUCAAGAACAACUUUUGACAUUAGCAAGCAUUUUAAGGGAAGAUGGAAAAGUUUUCGAUGAGAAGGUUUACUACACUGCAGGCUACAACAGUCCUUUCAAAUUGCUUAAUAGAAAUAAUGAAGUGUGGUUGAUUCAAAAAAAUGAACCCACCAAAGAAAACGAAUGAGAAAAAUGAAAGGAAGUUCUGCUGUCAGAGGCAAAACAUCUGUUUAUCAUAGACAUCAACAUGACCUAUAAGUAAA